UCCCGUCUUGGCAGUCUUCCUGAUCGGGUCGGAGUUUAUGAAUCCUGUCCCCAACUUUACCUGCAAUGUAUCCAACACCAGCUACACUUCAUUCAAUGGGUCCGAGUGCGUGAUGGUGGAGGAGGAGAGAGUGCCGGUACCGUGCACCAGCUGGACCUAUGACACGUCAGUCUUUCACUCCACCAUCGCCAUGGAGUGGGACCUGGUGUGUAAGAGAGAGCCUCUGGCACCACUCUACCAGACCCUCUACACUCUGGGCUGUCUCCUCGGCUUCGUUGUCUCCGCCUACACUGCUCACAGGUUUGGCAGACGAUGGGCGGUGAGGAUGGGGGCACUGGGCACUACCCUGGGCAUGGUAGUGCUGCUGACGACACCAUGGUUGUACCUCCUGCUGGUCUCCCGCUUCUUCCUGGGGGUCACCACUGCCACUAUGAUCUCCCCAUCCUUCAUGAUAGGUUAAAAGUAUUGUCUUCUGUUCACUCGAAUCACCGAGUGC